AUGUUGGACGAACCUCGACGCCUCAGGGUCGACGCUGCUUUCUUGCAGUUAAAUGAAGGUUUAUUACAAAACAAUAUAUCCCAUGCAAAUUCUGAUCCGGCAAACGUGAUCACAAAAUCUAAAUCUAAAGAUUCACGUGUCCAACAACAACAACUGGUCGACGAUUUCGACUUCCCUGUUACCCCCAUCAGAGCAUCACCUGGUAUUUCGAAUAAACCUGUUAAAAUUGGAAAACAGUCAUUACAUGAAGUUUUUAAAAAUCCUAUGCAAGGUCAUGUGUCAUCCAGUACACCAUUUUCAACGAAUCAAAAGUCCACAUUACAUAAUUUUAAACAAAAUAUUCAAAUAUCAGCUUUAAAAUCGAGUGUGUCGAAAAUCCCUUCUUCAGUACAACGUGAAGGAUUAAAACAACCUCCUGGGAAGGGUAAAGUGAAAGCAGGAAAUAAAAACGUUAUGAAGCCAAGAAUUGAAAAUUGUCAGCCUCAAGAUUUGAAUUUGUCUCCAGAUCAUUUACGGAAUAGGCUUUCCGAAACAUAUUUCGUAAAUGUACCACUGGGACAAUUAAAUGAUGCUUCUUGGAAGAUUCGUCUACAAAUUGCUGAACGUAUCAAUGCUAUUAUUAACUCCAAUCCUCCAGAAUAUCCUGAUAUUCAUUACUUACUUCAGUAUAUUCUACAUUGUGGGACAGUGAAAGAUAAUAAUUUUCGUGUCCGUUGUGAAAUCCUAAAUAUCUUGUCGAAAUUAUUAUCACAAAAUAAAUCUCAAAAUUGGAUUACUACGACUUUGAUAAUAUCGCUUUGUGACCAGUUAUUUGCUACCAUUGGAGAUUCUAAAUCCGGUCCUUUAGUUGAACAAACUCUUCGAGAUUUAAUGAAUGUUAUAGGCUUUACAAAAACUGUUGAGUGCAUUAAUGCAGGUUUGAAGAAAAAAGUUUCUCCUACAAUUCAUUCUUCACUCAUAAAGUGGUUAUCUUCGUCCAUAAUGUCGUUAGAUUCUAGUUUUGAUCACCUACCACUUAUAGAAAUUGUGAAAUUUGGACUUGGAUCUUCUUCACCUAUUGUGCGUAGUUCAGCAAUUGAAUUAGCUGGUGCACUUCAUGCCUGUUUACAUUCGACUGUCAAUAUUCGUCCAUUUUUCUCUUCUGAAAAGGCAACAAUAUUACAACGUUUGGAAGCAGAGUUUGCAAAUAUUGAUGAAAAGUAUUCUGUUCCACUUUCGGAUACUAAAAACAAUCAUUCAACAUUCUCUGGAUUACUACAAACUUUAACACCAGCUGCUAUUGAAGCAUGGUCGAUUAGAGAAAGAAGAAUGACAGCUCUGAUAGGAUCAAUUUCACCAUCACAAAGACUUACUAAUGCUGAAGGUGUUUUGGAAUUUUCUGAUUCAGACGAAGUCCAGUUGCGGAACGAAGUUCAGUACCGUACAAGAAAGGUUUCAUUGAAGCGGUAA